AUGUCGUCCCGCACCAAUUCAACGGCAAGGUCCAGCAACUUUUUCCUCCAACCAUUAAUAAACUCUACAUCUGUAGAUUUCACCACUGCAGCAUUGAUUCAUCCGAUCUUACAAGAUGUCCACACUUUGCGAAAACUAGCCGACGCUCAAAACAUAGACCGCUUCUUAAACGACCCCAUCGAUGUCACAAAUGACAAAAACCUAUCCAUGAUGUCGAAUCUGGCACUCGACAUUUCGCAAGCUUUACACAGCAUUGUGCUACCUCCUGCAUGCAAAAGCACUUCCACAAGAAAGAUAAGCCAGUUAUCAUCAAAGCUCCAACGAGGUCAAAAGGCAGCAAUCCUCGCAACUCGCCCAGUACCAAAUAAACAAUCCCGAGUCACCAAGCGAUGCCGCCUUUGUGGUGUGACAGAGACCCCUCGUUGGCGGGACAGAUCCUCGAGCUGGAGUCUAUGUAACGUUUGCGGCCUCAUGGAUUCAAGAAGAUCAAUACGAAACUACCCUAUUUAUAAUGUGGUCAUAUUCAUCAUCGCAUUCGCGAAAACUCCAAAGAAGUUCACAGCCUCAAUUCACAACAAGGCUAUGCAGUGUUAUACGUAA